AUGUUGUUCCGCCAAGUCGCUCUUGUCGCCUCGGCGAUUCUCCCCCUGUCUUUUGCUCAAGUCUCCAACGACUUCGAGAGCGGAUGGGAUCAAUCUGCAUGGCCCAUCUAUGCGCCUGACUGUAACCAGGGUGGUACAGUCGCUCUUGAUAGCACCACUGCCCACAGCGGAAAAAACUCCAUGAAGGUUACUAGUCCAGGUGGCUACUGUGGACAUAUUUUCUUUGGCACGACGAAAGUCCCUACUGGUGAUCUCUACGUCAAGGUUUGGCUCAAAGCCACUAAAGCCCUUACCGCCAGCCACGUUUCCUUCAUUACUAUGUCUGACUCCUCCCAAGCUGCGGGCAAGCACCUUCGUAUUGGCGGGCAAAAUAGUAUCCUGAUGUACAACCGCGAGACAGACGAUGCUACUCUUCCCGACCUGUCCCCCCAAGGCACUGCGACUUCCAAGGCUCUUACCGCAGGCACCUGGGAAUGCUUUGAAUACCACAUAGGUACCGACGGCAGCAUCGAGACCUGGUUGAAUAGCCAAGCCAUUGCUGGGCUUACUACUGCCAACAACCCCAACGCUAAUGGCUGGGGUACCAGCAGCAGACCUAAGAUUACAGCUGUCUAUUUCGGCUGGGAGUCGUAUGGUGGCGACACCAACACCUUCUGGUACGACGAUAUUGCAAUCGGCUCUACUCGUGUUGGAUGCGGUGGUUCAUCCCCGACGUCUGUUCCAGCUUCGUCAGCACCAGGCUCGACAAUGGUUACGAGUGUGAAGCCGACUUCGACCUCAAGCGCUCCUAGCGCGACCACAACGGCCGCGGCGACGGUGCCGCUGUAUGGACAGUGCGGUGGAAAUGGUUGGACUGGCGGAACCGUUUGCCUGAGCGGUACCUGCAAGUCGAAUGGGGAGUGGUAUAGCCAAUGUGUGCCGUAA